UGCUUCGUCUGCUAGAACGAGUCGUGCUUCCGGCAGGACUUCCUGCUGAAGUACAAGAACCGCACGGAGCAGGACGAGAUCGAGACCCGGGAGAACCUGAACCGCCUGCUGCUGGAGAACGUGCUGCCGGCACACGUCGCUGCGCUGUUCGUCGGCGAGAACAAGAAGAACGAGGACCUCUACUAUAAGUCCUAUGACUGCGUGUGUGUGAUGUUCGCCUCGGUGCCGGAUUUCAAAGAGUUUUACACCGAGUGCGACAUCAACAAAGAAGGCCUGGAGUGCCUGAGGCUGCUCAACGAGAUCAUCGCUGACUUCGAUGAGCUGCUGUCCAAGCCCAAGUUCAGCGGGGUGGAGAAGAUCAAGACGAUCGGCAGCACGUACAUGGCCGCCGCCGGGCUCAGCGGGACGCCCGGGCACGAGAACAAUCAGGUAAAUAAAAACCAAUGA